GAACCGAGGCACAUGAAAGUUGGAGCGGGAAAGUUUCCCACAACUUGAACGUGUAUGACAUGUAAGGUUGCAUGUAUUGAUUGUAUGUAACUUAAGUAUUUUGCCAAUAUCUUCAAAAUCACGACACUUGAUCACUUUGAUUGCAAUUGGAACUUUGACAUCUUCAUCAUGCCGGGCCACAUAGAUUGUUAUCUUGAUUGCUCUUCAUUCUAUAGCUGCGCAGCUUUGGUUCACCUCCGCAAGAAUCGGGAAAUUCUUCUUUCUCAUGGUGUUACUGUUAAUCUCAUCCCCGUCUUCCUCGGGGGUAUAAAUCACGGCUCGGGAAACAAACCCCCUUGGACUCUUCCUGCAAAGGCAGCAUAUGGUAAACUCGAUUCUGCGAGAACGACUGCGUAUCAUGGAUUGCCGAAUCUACAAGCGCCGGAAUUUUUCCCGCCCGUCACGCUUCUUCCUCAAAGAGCACUCUGUUUUAUCAAGUCUCGAUACUCUGUUGAGGUCUUUGAGAAAACAUAUUUGGAAAUCUUUCACGCUUUGUGGGUUCCUCCGCAGAAGAACAUCACGAUUCCGGAGAUCUUGAAGGAAUUCUUGAAUGCGUUGGGAACGUUCGAUGAAAAGGAGGUAGAGGAGAUUAUGCAGAAAGCGACAGAGAAAGAGUGGAAGGACAAGCUUUUGGAGAAUACGAAAGUGGCGUUGGAGCAAGGUGCAUUUGGGGCGCCGUGGAUGUGGGUGAGGAAUGCGGAAGGAAAGGAAGAACCGUUUUUUGGGAGUGAUAGAUUUCAUUUUAUGUGGAUGUUUUUGGGGGUGGAGUUUAGGGAUUUGGAGAUUGUGAGGGGGGCGACAGUGGGAGGGGAGGGGAAGGCGAAGCUGUGAGGAGAUGAAGGAGAGGGGGAGGGAGGGAGAAGGAGGAAAUUGUAUUAUGGAACUGGGAGGAGAAGGUCUGUGGGGAGGAGGGAGAAAGAGGAGAUGAUAUUAUGGAACGGUGAGGGAGGAAAUCUUGAUGGAUGGCUUUUCAUGAGUUCUUAAGCUACACUAUUCUCUAGGGGGAAAAAGUAGAUCCAUUUGCUCGUCUAUACACUCUUGCGAGGGAAGUAACACAAGUAAACGUAAUAUUAAGACUGCGAAUAUUCACAGGGUGAUAUUGGAAGCAUGGGGUCGAGGAUAUGAAGUUAUUCCAACAAUUACAGAAGUAAUAAGGAAAGAAUCCACACAGUAGGAGCUCUGCUUAUAUCCAUGCUCUACAAGAGAUUGGGAUCCCAUGCAUACCGUAAUGAUGAGAACCACAUAUCCAACAAAUGGUUAGAUUCUUGGCCUCAAAUCUCAAGUGAUAGAAGAUCGGUGGUGUAGCA